UGCUUUAUAGUUUAUUUUGUGAAUAAUUGAAGAAGUUUAUAAAUUUUCCCUAUAAAACAACAUGACUACAGCUGCCAGACCAACAUUUGAUCCUGCCCGAGGUGGCAGUGGUAAAGGGGAAAAAGAUUUAAGUGCUUUAAGUAAACAAUACUCCAGCAGAGAUUUGCCAGGCCAUACAAAGCUCAAAUACAGAGAACCUGGCCAGGGUACCACCGAAGAAUUGCGUAGCCGUGAUUUCCGCAAAGACUUGGAAGAACGUGAACGUGAAGCUCGUCCCACCAAAAAUCUCCCCUCCAUAGUACGCAAAGCCAUAGAAGCAAAUAAUUCCGCCAGCAGCACCCCAAGCAGCAGUAAACGAGCCAAACUUGAUGCACCCGCCGCACCAGCAAAUUUAGAUGCUGAUGAUCCCGUGGACAAUGAUAGUUCCGAUAGUGAUUCUGAAUCAGAUGAUGAAGAUGACACCGCCACACUAUUGGCCGAAUUGAAUAAAAUUAAGCAGGAACGUCUGCAAGAGGCAGCACGUAAAGAUCAGGAAAAGAAACAGGAAGAGGAACGCAUUCGCAUGGAAAAUAUUUUGUCGGGUAAUCCUUUGAUUAAUUAUGCGGCGGGUUCAGGUGCUACAGCCAGCAAAGCUGUUGCAGAUCUUAAAGUUAAACGACGUUGGGAUGAUGAUGUGGUCUUUAAGAAUUGUGCUCGUACUGAACCCGAAAAGAAGACACAUUUCAUUAAUGAUUCUCUGCGUAGUGAAUUUCAUAAGAAGUUUAUGGAGAAAUAUAUCAAGUAAAGUGGGAGUAAUUUCUUAAAACAUAGGAAAAGUACAACAAACACGUUAAUGAUAGAAA